AUGUCUACUUCCGGCGACGUCCGGAGUGUCAACGAGAUUUGGCUAACAGCGGAGACAGCAGCGAUAUCUGACCGUAUUGAGUUUGGCGUCCCCGCCAUAGACAGCGCGUUCGGCGGUGGCAUCUACUGCGGGAAGCUUACGGAGAUCCAUGGCGCAGCCGGCUCCGGCAAAACGCAACUUGCGCUAACUCUCGUGGCUCAGGUAUGUGAUGAGCUGAUUACUUCCCACGUAGAAGGCACCAAUGGUGUCCUGAUUUACUUCCACACGGGCGGGACGUUUCCCAUUGCCCGCCUUUGCGAGAUGAUAGAGGGCAAAAUGCAAUACGUGGAUCCCUCAGUGCCGGCGGAUCCCACCGUGGUGAAGGGCAUCCUCAAGAAUUUAUGUAUCGACAAGGUCACUGAACCGGGGGAGCUCGUUAUGAAACUCGUUAACAUGUACGGCGUGAAGGACGACUCUAAGAAUAUCCGGCUUGUGGUCAUCGACUCCAUCGCGCCACUAUUCCGAUCCACAUUUCACUCCAAAGGGGGUGGGAAGAACCCUAGGAGCAACCUGCUCCAGGUGUCGUCGUUCCUGAAGCGAUUGGCCUCUGAGAUGGACCUGGCUGUACUGGUGCUGAACGAGGUCACGGGCGGCGGUGACUCGGCUCUUAAGCCCGCCGGCGGGUCGACCACUAAUGUUAAACCAGUUCUGGGCGACACCUGGACGCAGUGUCUAAAUUGCCGUGCAUCGCUACAAAUUCAGAGUGCGUUGUAUGGACGCGCCACCAACCACUCGCAGAGAGCAUGA